AUGAAGUCAAAGAAAUUAUUAUUAUUGACAACCCUCAUGGCCCUUCUAGGUGCCAGUCAAUAAUCAUUAAUUGAUAAGCUCUUCAACAAGCUGAGAUCAAUUGGUUAAUCAAACUAUAACAAACACGAAAACUUCUUCAAUCUACACUCUGAACUUACAACAUACAAGGCUUCCCCAGAAGCGCAAAAACUGUUCCAGAGACUUUAAUCUAAUUUCUAAAAUCAUGUAAUCACUGGUAACACUGAUGGAAGCUUCGAGAAAAUCCAUGAUAUCACUGGCAAGCAUCCAAUCGUCCAAGCCUUCGACUUUUAGAACUACUCUCCACACAAUCCUUGGCAUGAUGACUGGUCAAGCUGGGAUGAUGGCUCAGUUCAACAUGCCAUUGAUUAUUAUCACAAGACCAAUGGUAAUGGGAUCGUUACUUUCCAUUGGCACUGGUUUUCCCCAAAGGGAGGUAACCUAAAGAGCAGCACCUUCUACACUUCAAACACUGAUUUUGAUGUGUCAAAGGGUGUCUAGCAAGGCACUGAUGAGUACAACUUGAUCCUGAGAGAUUUGGAUUAAAUCGCAGGGCAACUCAAAAGACUUCAAGCUGAGAAUAUCCCAAUCCUGUGGAGGCCUCUUCACGAAGCAGGAGGCAAAUGGUUCUGGUGGGGAGCCAAGGGCCCUGAUGCUGCCAAGAAACUUUACGACAUCAUGAGAGAUCGCUUCAUUAAUCAUCACGGUCUUGACAAUUUGAUUUGGGUUUGGAGCACUCCUGAAUGGGACUGGUACCCAGGAAACGACAGAGUUGACAUCAUUGGAUACGACAGCUACCCAGGCUCUCGCAACUAUGGAUGCCCCAAAGAUAUGUGGUACCAACUCAGAUCAAUCACCAAUGCUCAGAAAAUGAUCACUCUCUCUGAGAAUGGCCCCAUUCCUAAGAUUGAUGACUGCUGGCAACAAGGAGCAACCUGGCUCUACUUCCUCACAUGGAAUGAUCUUCUUUAACAAUAGAAUGACGACUAGCACAUCAGAGAUAUCUACAACAAUUAGAGGGCUGUUACUCAACAAUGA